AUGGCGUCCAUGGCGCAAUUAAUGUUCGACGAGUUCGGGCAACCGUUCAUCGUCAUGCGAGAGCAAGAAAAUCAAAAGCGUAUGACUGGUGUUGAAGCUGUCAAGGUGAGUUUUUUUCAUUCCAGAAUUUGUUUUUUUGGGAACUUUUUUCUAUGUUUUAUUGUCUUCAGAGCCACAUUUUGGCCGCUCGUGCUGUUGCGGGAACUCUCCGUACUUCUCUUGGUCCUCGUGGACUCGACAAAAUGCUUGUAAGUUUAUAAAGAAAAAUAGAAAAAGAAUCUUAUUUUUUAUACAUUUUUUUGUUAUUUUUAUAUUCAAAAAAAUUCAGGUGUCUCCGGACGGUGACGUGACGAUUACCAACGAUGGAGCGACCAUUAUGGAGAAAAUGGACGUUCAGCAUCACGUUGCUCGUUUGAUGGUUGAACUGAGCAAGUCUCAGGAUGAUGAGAUUGGUGAUGGAACGACUGGUGUCGUUGGUAAGGAAAUAUUCGUUUUCAUUCGUUCCCGCAUAACUGAAAUUGUUAAAAUUUUUUUUUUUUGCAAGUGUCAUUAAGAGUGUUUUUUUUCGCAAUUAUAUAAGUUCGAGAAAAUUUAGUUGUGGUUUUCCAGAAAUAGCCGUUUCGUCAAAAAGGUCAAUAACCAAUUAUUUUACCGUUUCGGAAAAAUUCAAGUGCUACGAGAGGUUCUCGAAGUUUUUUUCAAAAAUAUUCUUUUAGGGAAUUUUUAAAUGAAUAAACUGCGUGUGAGAAAACAUUUUAUGCUACAAUUUUUUAGUGAUACAUGCGCGUGAGUCACUCGACUGAGUUUUUUUUUUCUUUAGUGAUCACUUAAUCGUAAAUCACUUUUCCUACCCUUCGCGAGGUCUGAGUGUAUCUGAUUAAAAUGUAAAAUUGAACAUUUUACCGUUUCAUAUUUGAAAGCUUUGUCUUUAUUGCUUGUUAAUUUUCGAUAAUUGCAUUUUGCAAUCUUAUUCAUUUUUCAAUAGCAACUUUUUUUCCGAUGGCUUGAAAAAUUGUUAAUUUUUAUACGGCUUUUAUUUGUUCGAAUCUGAAAACUUUGAAGGUACCCUUAUUCCUCAAGGAUCUCAGUACCCUUCUGAAGAAUUUGCAAAUAUUCUUUUUUUGGCCUUGAAAAUAUGACUCUACAUGAAUAUGUUUCAAAAUCAGAUACCAGAAAGUGAAAAAUGGAAGGGUAUAAAAGAUGGAUUUUAUCACUCAUCUUCUAUCUUUUUUUUCUGAUUUUUGAUUACUCACCUCAAGAAAAUAGUUAACUGUGACUUUUUUCUUUGUCAUAUCGAGCAAGCUUCGUACCUUUUCUUACUGUUUAUUUAGUAGGUGACGUAUGAGUCAAGACGUUUUCUCACUGCUUUUCCACUUUUCGCAGUGAAAAACUUUGUGAAUGGUCAUUAGAUUCGGUAAUUUCUGAGAAUAUAUUUUUCAUUCAGUCCCCGGUUCCCACUAUUCAUAAAGGAACUUGAUAAAAAAUUUUUUAUUCUUUGCUUAGUGAGUCAAUGGACUUAGUCACAGUGUGAUAAUUUAGCGAUUUCCGGAGUUUUUUUUAAAUCGAAAUGUUGGUUUUUUCGCUGGCAGUGUAGAAUGAAAUAUUAACUUUUGAAUACCUAAUGAAAGAACCCUUUCUUUGCAUCGCUUUAUUUUAAAUCUAGCUCAAAAGAGAGCUUUUCUUAUUCCAUUUAAUGUUAUGAAAGAGGAAAAGUUUUUUUUGUUAUAUGGUAGUUCCUGCUCAGGAAAGGCUAUUGCUAGAUAAGCCUGUGGUGAGAUCUUUCGCGGAAGUCACGUCAAAUCCCCUUGGGAAUCUUGUUGUCUUACCUUUUUCUCUUUUGCGCAGGGAAAGCUUCUUAGUCGAAAUUGAGAGCUCUUUUGAUCCUCACGUUGAUUAGCCAUUCAGAAAGACAUCUGUUUUCCGUUUUUUUUUACUGUUUUUUAUUUUGGAAAUGUGUUCUCAGAACUGAUAGCUGGGUUUUAUAAAAAAAAACGCUCUGAAAAACAAAUUAAAAAUUACCAGUUUUGGUUUCCAAAAUACAACAGUUUUUGGCUUGACAAAGUUGUUUGUUUUGAAUUAUUCUUUGUGGAUGCUCAUGCUGAAUGAAAAUUAAAAAUAAUCCUUUUUUGUUCAUGAAAAGUGAACCAGACUUCCAAGCUUUUUCACAUCAGAUAUAGUAACAAAUUGUUGGCCGAGAAAAUCUUUUUUUUUUUUCAAAUUUCGUUUCCAUCUUCUAAGAUACAGCUCUUGAGAAAUCUCGAACUUGCUUACUGAGCAACUUUUUUGAAAAGCUUCAUUGAAGAUUCAUAAAUGCUUUUUGCAAGAGAUUCCAUCUGUCUCACGUUUACAAGAAUCAAAACAAAAAUAUCUGAAAAUGAUCAAAAUUUUCCCCUAAAUUUUUAUUAGCGCGCAUUUUAUCAGUGUUUCGGGGUUCUUAUCACAUCUUUCAUUGUCGUUUUCCUAAACGUCUAAUAUGACGUCAACUGCGUCGCAAUCUAUUCUUUCUUCUCGUCCGUUUGACUUUCGGAGUUUUGAUUCCCCCUUUUUUGGCCUCUUCGAGGUGACUGGGUUAACGUUAGAAAAAAAAAAAUUUAAUUGGGGUCAUAAAGAUCCGAUUAAAGUUUUUUGAUUGGGCUGCUGUCGUUCGUAGGAAACUUUAUCAUAAAAACUGAAGUUUGAGAAGAGAAAAUUUAAAUUUUAUAAAAUCAUUAAAUUUUCAUCAUGGUAGUAGUAGAGCGCGAGAAUCUUUUCGCAACUUGCAGAGAUUUUUUUAAAUCUAACCGCUAGAAUGAAUAAUUUUGCACGAGUUCUGAGUAGUUUUAUGAAGAGGAAGCUUGCAUUAAAAACUGAAAUAAGUUCUUCAAAUAAGAAAUAAGAUAAUCAAAGGAUAAUUAUCUCAUCUUUCACACUAAUUAAAGGCAAUUAUAAACCAUAUAGGUUUAGAAAGGUUUAAUAAAUCGAAAUUUUGUUAAUUUCCAUCCCUUUCAAUCAGCUCUUUAGAAAUUUUUUUUAAAGGGUUUUCACAGAGAAAAUAAGUUGUCAGAAGUUUUGAGUUAUAAUUUUCAUUCUUCUCAGUUGCCUAGACAUAGACAUUUUUUCCUGACGUGCUCAGUUUUUCGAAUGAGGUCCCCAUUAACAUUAUUGGCCUUUUGGAACUUGAUGAACGCGUGAGUUGCGCUGUGUUUCGACGAGACGGCGAUAAUUGAAUCCGCUUGAUACACGUCGACAUUGGGGAUUAAGGGAGCUCUUUUUUCCUCUUUUUUUCCCUGCUCCGGCCGUCAGGCCAUCAACUUUUACUUGGUAAAAGGAUACAAAUUUGAUGUUUUUGUCGCUGUCGGCAUACAAAAAUUGUAUGGACUUUCUUCUUGAAUACGAAAAAGCAAUAUUUUCUUUGUAUUUCACGUGACUUGGGGCAUUUCAAAGUGAAACGCAACUGUGAUCUUUCAAAUUCACUGAAGAUCCACACGGUAGAUACACUGUGUCGGCCUAAUUUUUGUGUCUAGAGAUUUCGUUCAUGUUCAUUUCUUUACAGUAGUAUAUAAGACUUAUAUUGGAAACUUUUGAAUUUCAACAUCAAAAAAAUAAAUUAUCAAAAAUUAAAACAAAACAAAAAGAUUUUUUUCUAAGUUUUCAGGAAUAAUCAUUCAAAAAGAAGGGUUAAUUCAUUGAAAAAGGAUGGUUUAAUUCGUUUAGUUUUUCAAUUUGAGAAAUAGAAAAACCGACAAGAAAAAAAUGAUGGAAUACAAUUUCAGUGCUCUUUUUUUCAGCCUUUUUCUGAUUUUUUCAAUUAGUAUUAAUAAAAAAAUUUUAAAAAGCUUCUCCUAACCUCAACUUUUUUUCAACAGAACUUUUUUUGAAAAUGAACAAAGAGAGUUUUACGUAGCACUUGUGGGUUUUGGGUUAGGGUCCUUGUGGACGUCAUAGUCUGUUCAAUACACACGUAUGUUCAAACAAGCGCAGUUGUCUCUCCUCUCAGCUUGACUUUAUCAUUUUGUCGAUAUCAUGAUUCUUUUAUUUUUUUUUCUCAGUUAAAAUUAACAUUUUACGGGAAACGACAACCUGCGCGUAAAGCCUCAGAUAAGAGCGGCUUUUGAAGCGGCUAGGCUUAACGAAUCUUUGACGCAUUGAGACACCUCUUCACAUAUCCUACCAGUAGCUUGUACUGACUGGAUGAUGUGCUUGAUUUUCAACGAAGAUAGUAGGAAAAUAAUAAGGUUCAAAGUAGGGAGUGUAGGAAAAGGGAGUCGCGAGUUGACUACUUGAUUAAAUGGAGAUUUACUCAAAAAGGAAAAUUAUCCUAAAGAACUUAUUGAAUUGGAAGUUAUUGAUAUUAGGACAAUGUAAGGUUGAUAAUGUGUAACAAUGUUUCAACUUUGUCAAAAAAAGUAGCUAUGAAACGCUCAUACCAUGUUCCAUCAAUUGAAUUUUUUUUGAGCUUUUUUUUCGGGUAGGUAACAUAAGAUCGGACUUAACUUUAGACCUAUUCACUUGGUCUCUUAGAAUCUGAUUUCACUUGAAUUGAGAAAAAAAAAUUGAUGAAUUACCCUGUAGUUUUUUGCUUUUUUACAUUUUGUUAACCUGUUUUUGUGUCUUGACGAAGAAUAGGGGCCACGAACUUGGCGUCGAAACGAAUUGUUUACGUGUCCGUGUCUGCGUUCUUUUCAGUUCUUUGGGUUCUUUUUUUUGUUCUAGCCCACGUAAAUGUUUUGUCCUUUCUCACGUUUGAAUUCGAACAGCUUCAACUUUGAACUUUUAGAACGUUGUAGCUUGUCUAGACCUUUAAUUUGAAAAAAAAAAUAAGAAAAAAACUUUCAUGCCUGGACGAAUAGGCUUUUAACCUCAUUUUUCCCGGCUGCCGUUUUGAGGGGCAUUUAACUCGUGAAAUGUGGAUUUGGAAUGGGUCUACUGCUGUUUCCUAUUUCUUUCUCUUUUUUUUUCAUUUUUUUUUUCAUUCUCGCUACUUAAUAUCGAUCACGUGGCGGCGGCGAGUGGCCCGUUUUCUCUCUAGUCUCUGCGUCUCGCUUCUCUUCCGCCUCUCUCCGGCGCCAAUCUUUCGUCUCGACACUCGUCCUUAUCCAACUAUCCUUUACUCUCUUUUUUUCAACUUUUCCCACACAUUUUUCGUUUUUUUUUUCUUGUGUUGAAAGUGACUGGAAAGCGUUUUCAGAAGAGUGAUAAUUGGGCGUGAAAAAGAAGUGUAAUAAGGCUUUUUUUAACUAAUUAAUCUUGUGGACGAAUUUAUAUGGAGGUAGUCAAGCGUAAAAGUUGUUAAUUGAACAAUUUUUGAGCAGUUAACGAAGCGAGAUUUUUCCAGAUUUAGGUAAGAAGAGUAAAAAGUCUUUUUUCAAUUUGGUUUUCGGUUCUUCUCAAACUUCAAGCUUCAUCGGUUUUGAGAAAAACACAUAUUUUAUCUAAUUGUUAGCUUGUAUGAACUACUUUUUUUUCUCUGCUCUAGUGUAGUGAAAACCUGAAAAGUGGCUUCCUCUUAAUCACUGAUAGUCAGAAUGGCUUCGUUUUUUUGAUGCAAAAUUCAGAUUUAUGUCACCGAAGUGGCCAAGUUUCUAUUUUUGGGUAUAGUUUGUGUUCCUGUAAUUUUCAAUUUUACCCUUUGUUUCUCGAAGCUUUACUCUUUUUUUCUUUUAGUUUUCGAGUUCUAGCUGUUAAAUUGUUUUUCAGGCCUAUUUUCUCAAGUUUAUCACUUUAUUUUGAAGGGUCUCACAUCUUUUGACCUCAAAACCGGAAAAAGAACUUAUGGGGAGUCGAUUUCGAUAUGAAACUUGUUUGUUUUAUUUUUUUAAAAAGAGAAGGAGCAAUAACAUAACUACUACUGUUGUAAAAAGCUUCAAUUUCUCACUGCUUUUCUUGAUUUUUAUUUUGAUAGGUCUUGGAAAAUUUGAAAUAACCUGCUUUUGAGGUGUGGCGACAGACCGAAACGCCAUCGGCCUGUGGUCUUUGGUGUCCGAAAAGCUGUAAUGCCAUUUUAUCGAUUUUCAUGUUUUCUUCGAUUUCGACCAUUGUGUGAUCCUAUUGCGCGUUCUCAAGAGAAGAAAAUGACCGAAUCUUUUUAAAUAUAGAGUCGAAAGUUCGAAUUCACUCAUUUUAACAUUAUUAUUUGUGAAGAACAUGGAAAAUAGCCUCAAAAAGAUUGAAAAUUUACAUGUUUUACCACUCGUUUUCUAAAUUCAUUUCGAGGUAUUUUCAAUUUCUCAUUGUUUUUUUUUAAAUCGUUUGCUCUUGCUUGAAUUUCAAAGCAUUUUGCACUAGGAUCCUACCUUAUCAUUAUAUUCUACGUUCUUGUUUUUCGAGGCUUUGCAGUUUGUCGCAGACUGAAUUGAGUGUAUAAUUUUCGUGUGUCACAAGAAUGAGUCAACUUUUCUGAGGAUACUUGUAAAUAGUGAUUAUAAACUACGGAAUAGUUUUUUUUUCUCUCAUGUUUUUGGAGCUUUCAGUUUAGUGAAUAAUCAAAGUUUUUCUUUGUGAUUUUGAAAUUUUUCACAUGGUACAUCAUAACUUUUCGUCGAAAAGGCUUGUCAACUUCCUUUCAGGGCAUAUUUCAGUGGAAAUCCGUUUCAUUGAGGUUUAUCUAAUCUUCCAAAAGUGAAGUCGGCUUUUUCAUAAUGGGGAAUAAUCUCUCUCAGAUUUCUCCUUUAUCCAAGAGUGCGUCAAUCUUGCAUUAAGCCGUAUGAUACUUCCUUUCACAUUUAUUAUAGAUUUUUUUUUCUGAGAAACUUUUUAUUUGAAUUAAUUUCUUCUUACUGUCCUUUGUGAAAAAUUUUGUCACUUCUAUCCUUGAAACAUCCGAAUUCCCAACCGUGGAAAAAAUUUUUGAAAUGAAAAUGCAGAAAUUUUCAUAUUGGAAUUGAAUCCAGUUGAUUUGACGUUUCCAUAGCACUCAUAUUACAUGCCAGUCUUGUGUGACACUAAAUGAGUCAAGGGCUUUCUCGGAAUGGAUAAUUGAGAUGGAAAUUUUUCUUUCCUUUCUGUUUUUUCGUUUCGUUUUGUGGAACUUAGGAAAAGGAAAAAGACUCUUUUCGAAAUUUUCAAAAAAGUUAAAUUUUUUUUUAGCACUGAGAGGUGAAAAUAUUGAAAAUAUCUUUAGGUCAUCUAAGAUGUUUCGCUGUUUUCUUUUGAUGAUCGCCUUUCUUCCAACUUAAUUUUUUUCUUCAAGAACCUUUUUUUCAGUUCUCGCUGGUGCCCUUCUCGAAGAGUCGGAACGCCUCAUUGACCGUGGAAUCCAUCCCAUCAAAGUUGCCGAUGGAUUCGAUUUGGCUUGCAAGAAGGUUCGUUGGAGAAUACUUCGAAAUGCCGUUUGAUUGAUUUGUUUUUCCAGGCAUUGGAGACCCUCGACGCGAUUUCCGACCGUUUUCCGGUUGAAGAUCGCGAGCGACUCGUCGAAACGGCCCAAACGAGCUUGGGAAGCAAAAUGUGAUUUUUUUUUUUUCUGAGUGAUGAAAAUUGUCACAGAACUGAGAAUAGACUAGGGCAAGCUUUUCCAAAAAAACAUUUUUUUUUUUGAGUUUUGGAAAGUCAAAUGAAUUUGAGCAAAAAUAUCAGAAAAAUCGACUAAAUAUUGAUUUACUGAAAAAAAGAAAGCAAAAGUUAAUUUUCAGCGUGAACCGAUCGUGCCGUCAAUUCGCUGAAAUCGCCGUUGAUGCCGUCCUUUCAGUGGCCGACAUUGACAAGAAGGAUGUCAAUUUUGAAAUGAUCAAGGUGGAAGGAAAGGUAAAUUUAUUCAAAAAAUAAGGAAAAUAAUUUAUAUCUUUUUUUGUGUUGUAAAAUACCACCUGUCAACGUUUGAAUUUUUUCUUCUUCUAAUGGUUUUCAUUUUCAGAUUGGUGGACGUCUGGAAGACACGGUUCUGGUCAAGGGAAUUAUCAUCGACAAGACAAUGUCCCACCCUCAGAUGCCUAAAGAGCUCAAGGACGCUAAGGUGAAUAAUCUAUUGGAUAUUCUCGUGGCUUUUAAUCAAUAUACCACAUUAAACAGCUUUUUUCAUAGUCUUGAUCAAAAAGAAAGAUUGUUUCCAGGUGGCUAUCCUGACCUGCCCGUUCGAGCCACCUAAGCCCAAGACCAAGCAUAAGCUCGACAUCACCUCGACGGAGGACUUCCAGAAGCUCCGCGAAUACGAACGCGAGACUUUCGAGACCAUGAUCAAGCAGGUCCUGAAGUCGAGAACUUAGAGGGAAUUAAGAGAAUCACAGACACUCUAAGGAAUUUUAAAGGUCGAAAGAACGGAAACUCAGUUUUCAACAGUUUUUAUCAUUUAAUUUUCCUUGAAUAGUUCAAAAACGUCUUCUAAAAUGAUGCCAUCGGAAAAAUAGUAAAAAUAAGCUAAAAUUAAUUACAAGAUUUGGGAAAAGGAACAUUAUUCAAACGCUAGUUGAAAAAUCUCUGAAACCUCGAAGGUUUUCAGAAAGUUAGAAAUUAUUUAGUCAGAAUUUAGGCAACGAAAAUGUCAAAAAUUAGUAAAUGAGGAAUAAAAGUAGAAGAUCAGGGAAAUAAAGAAUAUAUAAUUUUUUUCCCGUUUGGACUUGUUUUUGAAUUAGGCCAUUUUCCAGGUGAAAGACAGCGGCGCCACGUUGGCGAUCUGCCAAUGGGGCUUCGACGACGAGGCUAACCAUUUGCUUCAAGCCAAUGAUCUUCCAGCUGUUCGGUAAUCAUCAAAAGUUGAAUGGGAAGUUAAUUUUGAUUUUUCAGAUGGGUCGGCGGCCCGGAAAUUGAGCUUCUCGCCAUUGCCACCAAUGCUCGAAUUGUUCCUAGGUUAGCCUGUGUUUUCUAAGCUUGAAAAAUAACUUCUGAUUGCUUCAGAUUCUCCGAACUGACCGAGGCCAAGCUCGGAACCGCCGGACUGGUCCGUGAGAUCACGUUCGGAACUGCGAAAGAUCGUAUGCUCUCCAUCGAACAAUGCCCCAACAACAAGGCCGUCACCAUCUUCGUCCGCGGUGGCAACAAAAUGGCGCGUUUCACGGAUAUUUUGUAUUUUGACGGCGUUUAGAAUACAAAAAGAGAGAAAAUCGUAAAUGUAUUUCCGGAGAAUAGACUCGAGGUAACCUAAAUUUAAGAAGAUAAAACUUUUUGGAAGCUUAUUUGUGAAGAAAAAAAACGUUGAAGUUCAAAGUUAGGUUCAAAAAUUGAUCCAUUAUUUCCAAUCUGAAUUUUUCUCGUCAAUAGCCAAGUAGUUUAAAUUUUUGCUUUUUCAGUGAAAAAUUCCUUUUUCUCUUUUGUUAUUUAAAGUUUAAUUACGUUGUUUUUCCUCUAAACUGACAUCAAUUUGAUGUUUGAAGUUCAGAACUAAUUAUAAAUUUUUUCAUUUUUAGAUAAUCGACGAGGCUAAACGAGCCUUGCACGACGCUCUGUGCGUGAUCCGCAACCUGGUCCGCGACUCACGCAUCGUCUACGGCGGCGGCUCCGCGGAGCUGGCCUGCGCCAUCGAAGUCGCCAAGGAGGCCGACAAGAUCGAGGGCAUCGAGCAGUACGCCUUCCGCGCCUUCGCCGACGCCCUCGAGUCGAUCCCGAUGGCCUUGGCUGAGAACAGCGGACUUGCUCAGAUCGACGCCCUUUCCGACUUGAAGGCGCGUUGUCUUUCCACUUUUGCGCUGAAAAUGAGCAUCCUAUAAAAGAAAAAAAGAAUAAACUUGCUUCAAAUCAACUUGAUGGCUCGUUCAAAGAAGCAUAGAGAGAAAAUUUCGAGCGUCUCAAGAAAAAGGCCCUUUUCCAGUUUUUAAGGAGGUCGCUUAAUUUUUAGCUUUCUAGAACUGUCCAAGUUUUGAAUUUACUUCAUUCAUCUGAAAAUUCUUCAAAUUUAGCUGUAAAAUCUUCGCUCAAAGUCUUUUUGGCGCGUUUUUAAAGUUCUCUCUUAAUUUUUUGUUCAUUUUUAGAAACCAAUGAAAAAUAAGUUUCAAAUGAUGUUAAAAAGAAGCGUCGAUUCAUAAAUUCAAUGAAGCUUCUUUUCUGUUUUCUUCCUUCAAUUCAUUUUCGCAAUUCAGAGUAAUUUGAUAAUAAGCAAAGAGAUUGUAUUAUUGUGAUCGACUGAAGCCUAUUUUUGGAUUGCAGGCGAAGCAAAUCGAGACCAAAAAUCCACACCUUGGUGUCGAUGCCGUCUUUGCUGGUACAAACGACAUGAAACAACAGAAAGUGGGUUUUUUUCUAAGAAGAUUUUGAAAAGGAAAGUUACCUAUUUUCUCUAAUAAAACAGUCAUGUUUCAGGUCAUCGAGACUCUUCUCAGCAAACGCGAGCAGAUUUCGUUGGCAACUCAGGUAAAAAUUCCCGUUGUUCAAGUACAUUCAUUAAGUUUUAUCAAUUCAAUAGUCGCACUUAAUUUUUGUCAUUUUUUUCAAGAUCAAAUGAGGCGAAAAAUAGCUUAUAAAAAAAGAAAUUAUUUGAGAAAGUUCAUAUUUUACAAAACUUGACUUAUUUUUCACAGUAUGAAUAUUUUUUUGAGAAUAAUAAAAGGGCAAAAAUACAUGAUUUUGAACUAUGAAAGGAAUCGUUUGACCGACACCUCAACAUGAGCUUUAAUUUCGAAAGUUUCUUGGUUUUUUUUCUGAAUCAUGAAUAUUGCGAAUUUUCCAGGUCGUCCGCAUGAUUCUGAAGAUUGAUGACGUCCGUGUGCCGGACGACGAGCGCUCUCCCUACUGA